GCCUCGCUCUCGUAGCCAGUUCAGCCAUUCACAUGUAAAUGAACCGUCAUAUAUAUCUAGUACAUGCCCCCUCGGAGGAGCAUUGAGGAGCCCAGUCUGUCUGCAAGCUUUGUUGGCCGCUGGGAUCGCCCGGCCAUCUGUCCCAUUGACAAGCUGUAACGGCUCUUUGGAUUACCCAGCAACCUCCCGAGCAGUGGGCUUCUGGCAGCGCCUGGGUUAAACUACAACAACAUGGCCCCCAUCCGUAACAACACAGGCGGAAUGGACAGAGGUGAUAACUGCAGUGGGAUCAACUCUGACAGAAAGAUGAGGAAACCUCUGGUCGAGAAGAAAAGAAGAGCUCGCAUCAAUGAAAGUUUACAAGAACUCAGAGUUCUCAUCGCGGAUGCAGACUUACAAUCAAAGAUGGAGAACGCCGAAGUGCUGGAGAUGACAGUGAAACGUGUGGAGAGCAUCUUGCAGAGCCGGGCUCAAGAGGUUGACGCCGUGAACCGGGAGGCCUGUGAGCGGUUCGCGGCGGGAUACAUCCAGUGUAUGCAUGAUGUGCACACUUUCGUGUCCAGCUGCCCGGGAAUUGACCCGACAGUAGCCGCGGAGCUGUUGAACCACCUCCUGGAGAGCAUGCCCCUGAACGACGAAGACCGCCUCCGGGUGAUGCACCCGGACUCUGUGGCGGAGUGCCCCGGCAGUAACAGCACUUGGGCCCUGCCUGAGAGCAUGUACACGGCCCUGGUGUCCCCAGCACCCUCCACCACCUCCAGCGAUGACCUCUGCUCUGACCUGGACGAUACAGACUCGGAGCAGAGUCAGGUUUCUUCUUCAGAGGAGGCUGAUAGCCAGGAUGUGUUGAGCUUGCCUUCCUUGACUUACUCCAAGUCAGUGUGGAGACCAUGGUAGAUACAUUAAAGGAGAUGGCAUGUUUUAAUCUGCUGUAGGUGAUUUAUUGCUCUGUGUUUAGGGUGUUUUAUGGGGUAGGCCUCAGGUGUUGUUUUGUGGGGUAAGGUGCUGAACGACAUCGGAGAAGCUCUUUUUGUGUAAUUAUUGGGGGAACUACAAUUGAACUAAAAUGUAUUUAAUAAAUAAAGUAUGUAAUUAAAUCUGUUUUGCAGAGGUCAGAGAGGGUCUUCAUUUGGAAGUGUAUUGGCCUUAUACAGGCCUGCCUUCAGUGAAGGGACAAAAUGCAUAUGUAAAUAUUUACUUGUUGAAUAUGACUGGGCUGUAUAGACGAUAGCUGUCCCACUAGGAAUGCAUUGUUAGUUGUGUGUAAAUUAUUUUUUAUUUAGGAUCGUCUUUUAACUUUUGUAUUUAUAAGUAUCAAAUGACUGUUAGUAGGCUACCUCACCUAAUACGUUUCAAUAAAUAUCCUUUUGACUUUUGUUUUAAA